CCUACCCUGCAUCUCUCCACUUCAGUCACUAUGGAUUAUGAUAGGUUGCCUACUAUGCAUCCCCUAGAUCAGUGGUUCCCAAAAGGUGGGUCACCAAGGGGAUAACUCCCAGGCUGAAAGCAGGGCUUUCUUCACCUGGUUCAGUUAACCAACCCACAUCCUCUUCAAAAUGAUUCAAUCCAGCAUUUUGACAUGUACAAUGGGCCUUUGCCUGAGUGGAAGAAAGCAGGUCUGCUGCAGGGACAGGGGGUUGGUCUCAGUGCAGGGUUCACCCCCUCUUUUGUUGUGGACACACAGGUGGGCACUGGGUCCACUGCCCCCCUCCAUAACAGUAGAAUCCAGCCUGGGCCUAGCACAUCCCAGGGGCUGUUCAGGCCUGGCAUGCCCCAACUCAACACUGUGUACACAGUCAACAGUAAGGGCCUACAGCGUCUCUCCUCCACUGAUACCAGACACAGCCCCCAGGAGGUCACAGUCAACCACACCAGCCACAUUGGCCAGAAGAGACCCACCAGCAGCCCCCAGAGUUAGGAUCCUCCAACAGAUAGAGCUGGACCAUGCCAGAGUCCUGGACCCAGACCUGUCCCCCUUCACCUCUCUGGAGGAUGCUGCCCACCGCCUUCUACCUUACCAUGGCUUCCAGACCAAGCUACCUACACAGGAGGAGCUAUGGAGAGUGGAUGAGGAGUUUGAAGCAGAGGCCACUGAGGUCAUGAUGUGAAAGGAAGCUAUGAUGAACAAGCACCAGGGUCUCAUGCUGGAGGAG